UGGUAACUUUUAAAUUCAAGUUUGACAUUGAAGUAUUAUUUAUUUUCAUGUCUUAAAAAAUCGGAAAAUAAAUUGUUAUAUAGCUUAUGACAAAAUGUUGUCUAAAUUUAAUAAUAUCAUUAGAACAACGUGCACAAAAGUUUCUCAUACUAAUUAUUCAUUGGUAAGCAAGUAUUCUCAAAAGUCACAAUCGGAGACCGAAGAAAAUAUAGACAGCGCGAAAAAAGCAGAAUCUAAAAGAUUAGCAGAAUUUAGGAAGAAAUUAAGAGAAACGACGCCAAUAAAAGACUUAGGCGAACAAGCAGAAAUGCAACCACCAAAAGAAAACCCUUUGCCAGCAUGGCCUAAUGAUACAAAUCCUCAUACUGGAGAAGUUGGUGGCCCGAGAGGUCCAGAGCCAACCAGAUAUGGGGACUGGGAAAGAAAGGGAAGAGUCUCAGAUUUUUAGAAAUUUUAUUCAAACUAACUUUAUUAUUUUAAAAGCUUCACAAUUAAAAUAAAUUAAGUUAAUUCAUAGAAUUUAGAUUAAAAACUAUAGAAAAUAUUGUUUUAAUAAAAAGUAAUGCAAUUUAUUGUCAUGAAUUUGAUUAAAGAGUAGGUGCUUAAAAAUAUAUGAAAUUUAUUGAAACUCUUCAUGCAACAUAGGAUGAAGAGUUACAAAUAAAAAAUAUUCUUCUUAAAAUAA